AUGGAAGCCAAAACUUAUCUACGAAACGCUCUCCAGUCCAAACAACCUGGUCUUGGUUUCUGGUGCACUCCCAUCAUCCGUGUGCCCUGGAACGAAGAAUGGAUGAUUAAGCGAGCUCUCGACUCUGGAGCACAAGGUGUCAUGACUCCUAUGUGUCAUAACGCUGCGGACGCAAAGAAGAUCGUAUCAUUCUCUAAAUAUCCUCCCACAGGAACUAGGGGCUACGGACCCAUGUUCUGUCCUCCCGUUCUUGGCUGCAAGGCAUCAGAAUAUGACGCUCAGGCAGAUGAAAAACUGUUGGUAAUCGUUCAAAUUGAAUCGAGGCAGGGUGUUGAUAAUGUGGAGGAGAUUGCAAAAGUCGAUGGGUUAGACGUGUUGUUCAUCGAACACGAAGCAGCCAUUGCGAAGACUCUGAAAGCGGCUCAUGAUGCUGGGAAAACUGCAGCAAUCUUCUGUUCCAACGGCCAAAUCGCCAAGCAACGUCUUGAUCAAGGAUUCGACAUGGUUUCCAUCGCUGUGGACAACGCUUGUCUCGCAGCGGAAAUGGAGAGGCAAAUGGGUUUCGUUACGGGUUCUACAAAAGCUGGAGAUCGGUCAUACUCUUAG